CCGGGGCCGCCCCCUGCCUGCCCCGGCGGCGGCGGCGGCGGCGGUGGGGCGAUGGCGGGGCGGCGGCGGCGGCUGCUGGUGCUGCUGCCGCUGCGCUGCCUCCUGCUGGGGCUGCUGGGCGGCGGCGGCGGCGGGCAGCCCGGCGGCGGGGAGUACUGCCACGGCUGGGUGGACGGGCAGGGCGGCUACCACGAGGGUUUCCAGUGCCCCGAGGGCUUCGACACGGCGGCCGCCACCAUCUGCUGCGGCUCCUGCGCGCUGCGCUACUGCUGCGCCGCCGCCGAGGCGCGCCUGGAGCAGGGCGGCUGCACCAACGACCGGCAGACCCCGGACCCGGGAGUCACCGCCCAGCCCAUCUACGUGCCGUUCCUCAUAGUCGGAUCAAUAUUUAUCGCCUUCAUUAUCGUGGGCUCUCUGGUGGCGGUUUAUUGCUGCACCUGUUUAAGACCUAAGCAGCCUUCUCAGCCAAUACGCUUCUCUCUCCGGAGCUACCAGACCGAGACGCUUCCCAUGAUCCUGGCCUCAACCAGCUUCAGGACGCCGUCGAGGCAGUCGAGCACAGCCACCAGUUCCAGUUCGGCCAGCGGGUCGGUUCGCAGGUUCUCCUUCGCCCGGGCAGAGCCGGGCUGCCUCGUGGCAUCGCCACCACCGCCUUACACAUCUGGCUGCUUCCAGCCAGCCCACACCACCCACCUGAACCAGCCGCCGGGAUUUCUGGUGUCGCCGCCAUACUUUGGGUACCCGCUGCAGCCAGAGCCUGCCCUAGCUGGGAAGAGCUGCUCUGAUUUCGGCCAGAGCUGAAAGGAGUCGCCAUGGGGUAACGCAGCUCUAGGGAGCGCAAGGACUUCUGCCAUGGGUGUCAUAUGCUGACGUGCUCUGCGAUGCCAGAAGUUAAAACCAUUCCCGUGGGUGAGUUGCCCUUGAAAAGUGCAAGAUUUCAGAAACCCAACCUUCGGUACUUUCCUGAGCUUGGAUCGCAGUGACGAAUUAUAAAAUAUUCCAGCCUUAGUUCAACUGCUCUGAUAGUUCAGUCUAAUGCGUGCAGAAUAUAUUCAGAGACAAAUGGAAAAAAAAUCGGGAUAAAGUUACUCAUUUCAUGGAACUAUAAAUGAUGCUUUAACCCUAAAUGAUAUUAACCUAGUUAACAAACCGGCUGUAUUCCACGGACCCAAUAAUCAGAAUAGUGCUAUAAAGCAGCAGUCAGGCUGAGAAGUAACAGAGAAGUAACAUGUACUAAACCGAAGAGUUUGUGGAUCCUGAAACAGCUGACUGCUUCCACUUCCACGAGCAAUGAAAGUAAGAGGAGGUAUUUUACUAUAGAUACGGAAGCGCGUGGGAUUUUUUAAAUACAGAUAAUAUACCUGAACUUACACUGCAUAUUUGUAUUAGUUAACUUUAACUAAGAUAAAAAUAGUAUGAAUUAGGCUAGUUGAAAACAUGCCAAUCCCAAGCAGCCGAAUAAUUAUGUAUGAGAAAGGCAGAAUGUAUUCAAUAAUAUUGCUAAUAACUUCUCAGCAUAAAAUUCUAAAAUUGGCAUUGUAUUGAAGCCUUCUUCAGAAGGAAGUAUUUAUUGUUGGCCUCUUGCUCAGCAACACGUCUAAGCUGGACAAACUGAUCUUAAAGUCCUAUUUGUAAAAUUAGCCAUGUAUAAAAUGUAAAGACAGGCUUGUAAUUUAAAAUGUAUUUACGACAUUGACAACACUAAUUAUUUAGUAGUCACAUCAAAAAAAUGUAUCAAUAAACUGUGGUUGGAAUCGA